AUGGCUGCUGAGAAGGUGACUACAAUGGUCCUAAAGGUUGAUCUCCAAUGUCCCAUGUGUUACAAAGACACCAAGAAAGCUCUCUGCAAAUUUCCCCAAGUUAGAGACCAAAUCUAUGACGAGAAGGCCAACACGGUUACGAUCAAAGUCUUGUGCUGCAGCCCGGAAAAAAUCCGGGACAAAUUGUGUUGCAAAGGGGGCAAGGCCAUCAAGAGCAUCACAAUCGUCGAGUCGGGCAAGCCCAAGGAAGCGGCCGACGAGCCCAAAGAAAACGAGAAGCCCAAUAAGCCCGUAAAGCCCAAGGUAGUUAUAGUCGAGCCGCCCAAGCAUGCCGGAAAGCCCAAGAACGGCGAUAAGCCCAAGAAUGGUGAUAAGCCCAAAGAUGCUGGAAAGCCCAAGAACGGUGAUAAGCCCAAAGAUGCCGGAAAGCCCAAAGAGACGGAGAAGCCCAAGCCCAACGGUAAACCCGACAAGCCCAAACAAGUUGAUGGAGGGUCUCCGGCCGAAAAGCCGACCGAUAAGCCCGGGCCCAUCAUGACCCCAUUUCCGGUAGUGCAGAUGCGAGGGUCCGAGCCGGCUCCGGUGCAGGGGGUCCCGUCGGUUUUCCCCUACAUUGGGCCGAGCUACGCGGGCCCAUACGGAUUUACCGGCCCAGCCAAACCGAUAUACCACGAAGGGUUUUACGAUUACGGGCAUAUGAAGGGCUACGAGUGCGGGUACGGGUAUGGGUAUGGGUCGGGUCGGGCCACCAAUGGGAACCGAUGUGAGAGUGAAUAUUGCGAUGAAGACAAUCAGCUUUGCGCCAUCAUGUGA